UACCAUUCUAACUCAGCUGUUUCUCUGUUCAUGAUUUGCAUUAUACUCACACCCAACCUUAAGGAAAAAACUCCCUUCCUUGCUCCUCUUAUGUCUCUGUUGCUAUUUGCAAUCUUUAGGGAUACUUUGUCUGCCAACAUCACCACUGAUGAAUCCGCCCUUUUAGCAUUAAAUCCCAUAUAACUCAUGAUCCACACAAUCUCUUGGCAACCAAUUGGUCCACUUCUAUCUCUAUUUGUACUUGGAUUGGUGUCACAUGUGGGUCCAAACACCAUAGAAUCACUGCUCUGGAUUUGUCAAGUAUGGAUCUCACAGGCACCAUACCAUCUCACUUGGGAAAUUUAUCUUUCCUUUCCUCGCUCGACGUUCGUCACAAUAGUUUUCAUGGUGCUUUACCAAUUGAGUUAACCAAUUUGCGUCGGCUGAAGUAUUUGAACUUUGGUAACAACAACUUCGAUGGAGAAAUCCCAUCAUGGUUUGGUUACUUUCAUGAACUUCAAGACUUGUGGUUGUACGAUAACAGCUUCACUGGAGUUAUCCCAUCCACCGUAGGCAAUUUGUCAAAACUAGAAACGUUGAGCUUGUAUGAAAACAGUCUCAAAGGUCAUCUACCAUCAGGAAUGUUUGACAACCUUUCGAAAUUGCAAGUACUCGACUUAAAAGAAAUCAAAUUUCAGGUAGAAUUCCAAAUAAUGUAUUCAAUUGUAAAGAAUUGACGAUGUUAUCAUUGUAUAGCAACUCUUUUGAGGGAAGUAUUCCUAUAGAAAUAGGAAAUUUGAA